AUGGUUCCACAGAAUUUCGUACCAUUACUAUUAUCACCUGGAUCUUCAACUGGAUUACAAAUUAGUACUGUACACGGUUCUUCGGCUAGCAACGACCCAAAAGACGCACGACGCGAAAAGUUACGACUGCGAUCUGUAAAAGCGAGACAAAAUCCGUCGGACGCAGACCGGGAAAAACAGCGACGGCAAAAGAGGGUUAUUAGGGUAAACGAAGAUGAAGCUCAACGUGCAAAUCGUCUAUUGUACAAAAGAGAACGUUCAAAAUCGUCUCGUGCCAAUGCACAAGAUGUACCAGAAAUAGUUAGAAAGCUUCCACUAUCGUUAAAUGAUUUGUGUGAUAGCAUUAAAAUAAUCUUCGUGGGCGAAAAUCCACCAGAGAAAAAGGAAUUCGCGGUGUUUAGGGUACGUAAACAGAAAGUACUCAGUGCAUUAAAAUGGCUCAAAAAAUACAAUCCAUUUUACGAAGAUGUUGAUAUUGAUAUGUAUAAUGUCGGUCAAUUACCUGAAGAUGAUGUACCUGUAUCAUUAUUACAAACAAUGCAUGUAACAACAGAUGUUCAAGCAGCAACUACAGAGCGAUCUAGUUAUGUGCCGGAUCUUCCAAGUGCCACUUCUGAUGACGAUGAGGAAGAUGAUUCAGUACCUUUAUUGGGUAGUGGAGUAGUGGAUUUUAUAGAGGAAGCAAACUCAAAUAAAGAAGAUGAAGACGAUGUUCCCCUUCGUAAAAGCUUUGCUGCUACUCUUUACGACGAUGAUGAUGACGUGGACGACUUACUCGAAUUUCUCGACACUGGUGAAUCAUCCGAGCCGUCACUAUCAGCCGACGCAACGGAGAAUUGCGUUGAAUCCGCAGCGGUGGCUAUGAUUCGGAACCGACGAUUUACACAUUUGCAUGAACAAAUAAAUCAAGGAAAAUUAGCUAUCAAUCCUGAUUUUUGUAGCCUGUUUGAUAAAGUUCAUUUUAAUUGGCAAGCUUUUCAGCCGGCCACAUCUGAAACAGUAAAACAAAACAAAAAGUGGCAAAAAACUUUACAGAUUGAAAAAGAAAAAGGAAGGAAUGCCAUUUUGAACGGUGGUGAAGAUACGCAAGGCCGCUCUCAAGCUGAUUCAGAUGUUGUCCUUGUUGUAACUGGCACUCAAAAUGAUGUGGUCACUGAUUCUCCUGCAGUUACCGUAGUACCAGUGUCUGUUCCUACAAUACAAGAAAUACAGUGCAAAGUUGGCCGAUCGAUAUGGCUCCAAAUCAUUACAUGUGUACAAUUAACUCAGCAAAUGCGAACCGAAGAUGAAAAAUUCAACGCUCUGCUCGGACGGCUACGUCGAGGUCGAGGCACAGAUGCAGAUUAUGAAUUACUACUAACUCGUGUUGUUGAUCGAGGUGAAGUUGAAUCAUUUUUAAACACGAUCGACUGGAAACGAGCACCAAUGUUAGUUUUCGGCAACGAGUUACGAACGCUGCUAAAUAACCUUGCUGUAACCUCCCGAUCAUUAGAAAUCAACGAAGCCGUAGUUAUAUGUCCUAGUAUUGAUACAAUUAAAUCCAAUUUAAUCGACAGCCCCAUCUUGCACAAAUUCGUACAAGCGUUGCCCGACAACGAAACCGGUGGUCUUCCUUGUAUUUUACCGUUAGUCAAAAGUACAAAUCUUUACUAA